GGGUAGCGAUGCUCUGUUCCGGUGUCCCGGCUGACAUCAGCGAGCUUUUGCUCCCAGGCCUCGCGAUGCUACAGUCCGCCAGCUGGCAGCUGCACGCUAUCAUUGUGGUGACAUUUUGUGUAUCGUGUGGAGGUACCGGUAUUUUCUAAGAGUUUUGUCAGGGUUGUUAGUUCAACGUCUGGCCGAAUUACCGUGGAUUCCUUAUGACCUCAAAGGCGAGAGUUCAUACUAAAGGCUCACGGAUGUUGGCAGCCGAGAUGUCAGGGGGUGGACUGAAGCAGUGCCAACAGGCCCAGGACCAGCUAGAGGAUGCCAUCAAUGGAGUGACGAAGGCCGAGCAGCAGCUGAGAGAAAAUGCCAAAGAGGUGCGUGCCAAGCUGCAGAGCUGUGUGAGCCGUCAGCUGGAGGCUUUGCGCUGCAGAGAAGUUUGGCUUCUCAGUCAGAUUGAGCUGCUGGAGCAGGUGAAGACGGAGACGCUGCAGCAGCAGCUGUAUCAGCUGCACUGGCUCCGGGGUCAGUUUGAUGCAAUCUGCCACCAGCUGCAGAACUCCCACAGCAGCAACGACCUGAACAACCAGCUGACCAGUUGCAUGGAGAAGUUGUCCUGUCUCAGUCUGACUCCAGAGGAAACACCUGAGAUGAGUUUCCAGGCAGACACACGCUCUUUGAGACAGGCCAUCACCUCGUUUGGUUGUAUCACAGCACAGCUUCCAGAGGGUGUGUCUCCUCAGAGAGGUCCAGUGCAGAGCUGUCCAGUUACUGCCAAGACACAGGUACCUCCACUCCAGGUGCCUGAGGUUGCAGCUCUGAGCGACUGGCUGCUGGGAACUUGUCCAGCCAAGUGUGCUCCUAUUGGUCACAACCUCAGCCAGAACCCAGAGGACUGGCUCCUGUCCCAAACUGAGAGCAAGACUUCAUGCCCUGUUCUGGCUUCAGUGGACUUUAUGCAGGCCUGGGGCCACCUCCGUGACUUGGAGGCAUGGCUGCUCAAGAACCAGACCCCCAUAAGUAGGGAGAGGACCAGCAGCAGCUGCAGUUCCACGUUUUCCAUUGAAAAGAUUGACGAAUCAGACUUCAACAUCACUCCUCCGGAGGGGGACCUGGACGACUGGCUUGUCACUCCACCCUACGUUGCCAUGGAGACCGUGUCUGAUGCUGAGCGGUGGUGGCAGGUGUUGAAGCCAUUCGAGGACACCUGGUCGCCCAGUGAUUGGCUGGCGGAGUCAAGCCGGUCAGUCACAGAUUGCUCUUCCUGCUGCCAAACCACCAGGGCCAUGGAGAUUGAGAACCUGGGCCAGCUCAAGUGCCUUAAAACCACGGUGGGGCUCCCUGAGGGCCCUGUGAUGGGACUGGGAGCAUGGCUGCAACAGGUGGUGCCAGUGCCAGAUACCUGCAGGGCCAACGAGCUUUGUUCCUCCUACAACGACUGCGUCUGUGAGGACAACUGUGGGAAACAGGCUCUGAGCCUGUGGCUGCUUCAACAGGAUGGACGGGACAAAAACGGCGUCUCCAUCACCACCAACACCCCACCUACCAUGAAAACGACAUUGGUCGCAGACAAUGCCGCCCAGUUCACUGCAAAGCAGGCCCCACUCACCUUGUGCCACAGGGAGCAGGAGCAGAAGGUUCAGGCUAUCCUUCAGGCUUGGCUGCAUCCUAUCAGAAGCCCAUGCUCUAGCAGAAGCCCUCUGCAAACCUCUUCCCCCCCUCCUCCUGCCUGGGUGGCUCCUGGGGAAGGGACGGAGAGCAGAGCGGAGUCCCCCGUCAUGUCUUUGUUCCAUCGUCCUUUGGAUCCAGAGCUCUGGAUCCUCCCAGGAAAGUCACAGAGUCUUGCUUCAGCAACCAGUGGUCAGCCUACUCUAACACAAGAGGAGGAUAAGUGGCUGCUGAGGAAGAGGAGCCAGGUGCAGGUGCUGCCCUCUGUUUGUGACCUGUUUUCCUGUAUGAAGGUGGGUGGAGACAAAGAGAAAUGGCUGCACAAGGCUCCUGUCCAGAUGUGACAACAAUGAUGCGCCUCCUCCUCCUAUGAGUCACUUUAUUGCUGAUUAGCGACACAACAAGCUACACAUUGCCUUCCUCUGUUUUGUGCAACAUCAUCACUCUUCAAUCUUGAUGAGGAUCAGUACUAAGACUGUAGGGACACUCAUGUCCUUGAAUAUGGAUGUUGAAUUUGUGUUCCGAGAGUCCUUCCAUUAUCCUGAAGCCUGGAUAUGGGUGAAAGCUCAGGAAACCUCAAUAAAUGGAGCUUUUAGAGAUGAUCCACAGAAAGCAUUUCUGCAACUCUUUGUAGUUUUUAAAAGAAUAUGAAUUGGCUUAUUCAUUUACAAUAAUCAUUAUAUUUCUUAAAUACUUAAUGUCAAUGUUUUUUAUUUUGAAUAUAAUAAUUUCCUAGAGCUGUAUUAAGUGGAUGUGCUAAAUAUUUGGUACAUGAUUAGAAAUUGAUAUAAAAUAGACAAAGCUGGCUUCACUCAACUACAUUCUUUUUUUCUUUUUUUAAAAAUACUUUCAAUAAUUGAAGAUAUAGUUUUUCGAUUUUACAGCAGCUGGCACCUCAGUUAUGUUGGUGUUCCACAUGAAAUGAUGUCAGUUAAGUUGAUGCAAUGUCUAAAGGCUAAAAGCCAGAAAACCACACAAUGUAAGAACAUUGUUUCCCAGAAUGCCUUGAGCAGCAGCUUGUCAGCAGGUAGGUUAUGUAAUAAAAUACAGUGUCUGUGACAUCGCAGGAAGUAUGUUAUAUAUGAAUAUAAACAGUAACUGCAUUGUAUCAUGUCCACCUGUUGAGGACCUGCUUCAUUAUCUUUAAUUUCAAUAAAGUGUUAAUAUUGCAGAUGCA